GGCGUCACUCAUAUGACGACAGCGGAAGUAAUCCGCAAACACCAUGGCUAUGACAGACAAAGCCAAAACAGUGUCACUUGUGUCGAAUUAACUCUUGAAAUUGAUUAGACGUUAUUGAAUAUACCGUGUGUACUGUGUCCGGUCAGCUGUCCUGGGGUCGUGUCGAGGCUGUGAGGUGAAUUAAACAAUUCGUAGAGUGAAAAUGGAGGACCCUGGUGGCACAGUAGCUGAAUCUGUGGCUUCGCCAACACCCAGUGCACCCAGGUCAAAGUUGGACACACUGUCUAAAGAUGAUCUGAUUAAAUUUACCAAAAAGCAGAUGGCUGCUUUCCAAAAGAUGAAAAGCAGAUGUGCAGAUUUAGAGAAAGAAGUUGAAGCUCUCAAAGAACAUUCCAAAAACAUUAACAGCAUUUCAGAUGACUCCAAAUUAAUACAGGAGCUGACUGGGCGGAUGGAUGCGUUGUUACUGGAGAAGGCAGAAACCCAACAAAGCCUUGCAUUGUCUUGUAAAGAGUUGGAGCGGACCAAGCAACUUGCCAAGGAUGAUGUCACAGAACUUGGACGUGUGAUAGAAGACCACAAUAGGACAAUUAACAUUCUAAAGACCAGCAUUGAUGAAACCAACAGUAAACACCAAGAGGAAGUGGAAUAUUUUCAGAAAUUGUUGAAAGAGCGAGAAGACAGUGAUAGGGAGAUGCGCUGUAAAAGAGAGCAACAGAACCUGACUGAGGAUGCCAGUGGGAAAUACCACCCAGAAGAUGACAAAUGCUCCCUGGAAGUUCAUCUUAAAACACUACAAGCUGAACUGGAAGUAAUCCAAGAGAGAAACUCCAAGGAGUUUGCAGCGCUGCAAGAGAGGCACCAGAAUGAGCUGACUGAAGCCCAACAGGAGGUAGAGAACCUGAAGGAGGAAUUGAGCCAGAGGAAUAUACAGCACGAGGAGGAGCUGAGGGCUUUGGAGGAGGACUGUGAGAUUGAGAGGGAGCGUCUUCUGUUGCUCCAGGAAGAGCUGACUGAGCAACUGGCCCUGAAAGAUAGCUACCUCCAGGAUGUCCAAGAAGAAGAAGAUGAAGAACCUGGUCGCAGUUCAGGGAUUGCCAAGAUGUUGGCGCUUUCUGCGUGCAGUCAGGCUAAUUCGAGCCAUGUUGAUGGUGAGCUGACAGAGAGUGGAAAACUGAAAGCGGCCCUGGAAGACCUUCAUGCUCAGAACACAAUGUUACAAGAUGAGCUUACGCUGCUCAGUAAUGUGAAGAGUGAGCUCGAGGCAGAGCUGGAAAGAGUCAAGGAUGACUUCCAAAUGGAAAGAGAAGAAAUGGACUUCAAAAUCAAUGAGCUACAGAUGAAUCGGGAAAGUGACCUUACAACCACAACCCUAAAAGUCAUGCAUAAUGACCCUGAGACAAAUGUUUCGGGUGAAUCCAAAGUGUCAGUCCAAGGCCCAAACACAGUGGAACAAGAUGAGCAAGAGAAGCUCAGGUCUCAGUGUGAGGCCUUGAUCAAAGAGAGGGACUCUGCCCGUGCUGACUUCUGCAACAUAAAGGACAUACUGCAAAACUUGGAAACAGAACUCGCUCAGAAGACAAACGAUUUUGUGCUCCAGUACACAGCCAUGAAAGAACAAGGGGCAAACACCAUACGAAACUUGCAAUAUAAGACAGAGCAACUCAGCCAAGAGAAGGAAGACUUGUCAAACAAUGUCAGAGAGGUUACAGCAGAGAGAAACAUUCUGGUGGAGACUGUGGAAGAGCUUAAGCUCAAGCUUGAGAGUUACUCUGCUGAUGAGCAGAAACUCCAGUCAUCUGCAGAGAAACAAACAGCCUUAACACAGGAGCUCAAUCAAUCUGUGAAAGAGCUAAGCAAGCAGAAUGAAGAGAUCUUCUCCCAACUGCAGAUAAAAGAGCACAUAAUUGAAGAAUUAAAUGAAAUGUUGAAUACACAGUCUGAGGAGCGAGACAGCACACAAUUCUUGCUUCAACUUCGAGAGGCAGAAAUGCAGGAUCUUAAAAGUGAAAAUGCCAAGGACGUUGAAAGCCUGAAGAAGGAGAAGCAGGCAGCACAACUACUGAAAGAAGAGACUGAAAGGGAGUUGAAAAUGGAGAUGGAGACUGAAAUCCAUGUUGUAAAGGAGGAAAGGGACAAGAUAGAGGUAAGACUGAAAGAGGAGCUGAGGAGAAUGCAGGAGGCUGUGUCCUCUUCAGAGAUAACUAUUAAUGACCUCUCCUCAGAAAAUGCUUGUCUCCAUGAAAAACUGGAGGAGACUUUAACUACACUUUCCCAAACCCAGAAAGAGCAAGAACUCUUAGCCUCCCAUUUGGCCACUAUAGAGGCUCAAUUGGAGCAACAGUCAUUGCAAAAAAGUGAACUUGAAGUCAAGGUGAUUUCUCUGAAAGAAGAAGCAGAGUUUACUGGGAGAGAACUUGAGGCUCAGUAUGGAGCACUAAAAAACACAAAGGAAGAAAUGCCAGAACUCCAAAUACGCUUACAAGAGCUUGAAAAAGAGAGAAACAUGUUGAGGAGCAGACUCAAAGAGGUUCAAGUACAGAGAAGAUCUGAAGCGAUGCCACACGAGCUUCAUGCUCUGGAGCAGGAGAGGGAAAUGCUGAAAGAAAACUUGGAGGAAACACUGAGGGAUACUGGAGGGCUGCAGAAAGACCUGCAAGAUAUGAAGUCACUCAAUGAGAAACUGUGUGCUGAGAAUCAGAUGCUACAAGGUCAACUACAGGUUAUGGUCCAAGGGAAGGAAGAAAAGGUACAGGCCAAUACUGACAUUUUAGAGAGAGAAUGUACCAAAUUCCUAGAACAGCUGAUGGACAAGGACUCAGUCAUCUCUCAGUUAAGGGCUGAUAUUACAUCUCUGCAGGAUGCUGCUGCCAUGUCUGCCUCUGAAGAAUAUAAAGCCAUGGAAAUUACACAGAAAAUAGGUGAAUUGGAGAAGGACAACAAAGAGAAAGAUGAGAUGAUAAACAAAAUCAAAGCAGUGGCUGUCAAAGCGAAGAAGGAGUUGGACAGGAGUAAAAAAGAGGCUGCAAACCUGAAGGAAGAAUUAACAACUCUCAAAGCAGAGCGAGAGAAAGUGAAUAUUUCAAUGAAGGACAUAAUUCAUAGUGCCGAAGGCUACAAGAACCUGCAGAUUGAUUAUGACAAGCAGACGGAGCAACUGGAUAAAGAGAGAGAGAAGGUGGAGGCAGCAGAGAGACAGAUCAUUGACCUGACCAAACAUUUAAGCAGUGCGAGCACACAGGUCGAGUUGCUCAACAGUGAGAAGGAGGACCUGCUGGCUGCCUUGGAGACCUCCAGGAGCAGGGUGAAACAGAUAGAAGGACAGAUCCAGGAGCUGAAAAAGCACACAGCCAGUCUAGAUAGAGAUCUGGUGGCAGAAAAGGCAAUGAAAGAACAAAAGAUCAAGGAGCUGUCACGAGCUACAAAGGAUACAGAUGAGUUGAAAGCUCAGCUCAGCAAGCAGCAGAAGCAGUUGCAGCAAACUGCCCAAGAGCUGGAGCAGCUACGAAAGGAGGCGCAGCAGAACUCUCUGCUAGGCAUGGAGAUGGCUGACUAUGAACGUCUGGUCAAAGAACUCAAUGCCAAAAUUUCAGAAAAAGAUGAGUGUUUUGACGAGUUAAAAGGUCAAAUAACCAGGCUGACCAAAAAGGAGGAAACCCUUAAGCAAGAAAUUGAAACUUUGAAGUCACAGUUGGUCCAAGGGGAAGAGAAGAACUCCAAGAUUAAGCAGUUGCUGGUGAACACUAAGAAAGAAUUGUCUGAUGCCAAGAAGCAGGAAAACUCCCUUGCGCUGUUGCAGGCCUUAUUAAAAGGUGAGCUUGAGGCCAACCAGCAAAAACUAGAAAACUCCAAAAUUGAGGUGUGUGACCUGACCGCUGAGCGCCAUCAUCUGCAGGACCAGCUAAGGUCUGCAUUGGACCAAAAACAAAGGACCAGUAACUCCCUGCAACAACAAAUUAAUAGCCUGCAGCAGGAGAGAGACAUUGCCAAGGCCGAACUUGUGGCAACUGCUGAGGAGUUUGAGAGUUAUAAGGUCCGGGUACACAAUGUACUAAAGCAGCAAAAGAGCAAGUUCAAUGGCCAAAAUGAAGGCGACACUGGCAAGCUCGAAAGGGAGCAGUUGUUGACUCAGGUGGACCAGCUGAGCUCCAGACUGGAAGAGAGCCAGCAGAGUCUCCAAAGUAACACCGCAGAGCUGCAGCAGCUCCAGAUAGAACACGACACUCUGUUAGAGCGACACAACAAAAUUCUGCAGGAAAAUGUUAGCAAGGAAGCCGAGCUCAGAGAAAGAUUGCUGUCGGUGCAGUCAGAGAACGUGGAUCUGCGGUCAGAUCUGGCUCAGGCUCAAGCUGACUCAUCUUCCCAGAUCGAGGCACAGCGACAGAUCCACAGGGAUCAGCUGAGGAAGCUGCAGGACGACCACCGCGCCACAGUUGAGAUGCUGCAGGGUCAGCUGACUCGUGUUGAGGAGCAGUUCUUCAACCUGCAGAGUCAGAACACUGAUCUUCCAGGUUCCGUGUUGGUCCAGUCCAGCCGGAAGUCUGUUGAUGCUCAGCGCAGACCAGCAGACCAGAAUCAGACAGGGCUGGGAUCAUUGGGCCUGAGUGACCUUCAAUCUAUGGCCAGGGAGGAGGGUGAGGGAAUGGAGACCACACAGAAUGAAAGCACCUCCCCUGCAUCGCUGCUCUCUCUGGAGCACCUUCUCAUGUCACCAGAGCCCAAGCAAGAGCCCUUUGUGUGGACUGUAGAAUCCACCAAAGACGAAUUGAUUCAGAAGCUGACCACAGCCACACGCAGCCUGGAGCAUAUGAAUAGCCUCCUGCAUGAAACUGAAGCUACCAAUGCUGUUCUAAUGGAACAGAUCAAUCUGUUGAAGAGUGAAGUACGUCGGUUGGAGCGUAACCAGGAGAGGGAGAAGAGUGUGGCCAACCUGGAGUAUCUGAAGAACGUUCUGCUGCAGUUCAUUUUCCUGCGGUCAGGCAGCGAAAGGCAGGCUCUGCUUCCUGUCAUUCACACUAUGUUGCAACUUAGCCCAGAUGAAAAAAGCAAACUUGCUGCCAUUGCACAAGGCGAGGAGGAGGCAUCAGGUACUCGUGGCUCAGGCUGGGGUUCUUACCUCCACAGUUGGUCUGGGAUCAGAUGAACCAAAACACCAUCAAUCAACAACAGAGCUCCCGAAACAGGGAUAUAAGACUAUAAGUCACAUUAAUUUGAAGGGGCAAAUUGAAGGGACCAAAAAAUGUAGAAUGACUAACCUGUUACCAAUCGUGAAAAUAAAAAUGCACCACCCCUCCCCCAUUGCAUUAUACAGUAACAAUACAGUACUAUUUAUUCAUACCACAACUAAGUGCUUUUCCAGGGGGUGGCGCUCAUGUGGCAUUAUAGCAAUAGAAUCACUCUGAGAAGUACAAACUUUUUUUUUUGUUUCUCGUCCUUUGCUUGUGAUUUGGUUAAUUCAGUUAUUUUCUGGACUCUGGUUAUCCAGUUAACAUUCAAAUGGUUAGUUCCUUCACCUGUAUGUGUUCUUUAUCUUGUUUUCUUGGGUUUACCUUCCCAAUAUGGCUGACAAAUUAUUUUUAAUGAGUCAUUUUGAACGUGUAAUGCCUUCAACAACAGCAACAAAAAUGGAAAAAUUGUUUAUUGUUGGGAAUUCAGUAAUCUAACUUUUAUAUUGCUGGCGCUCUUUCUUGUUAAUCGUCAUUUGCAAUUUAAUAAUUUUCCCCAAACUGAUUAUUGUAAUCACUGAACGUUCUCAUUUCUGUGGCAGCUGAUUGUGAUUCUUUCUGGAUAAAUGAAUGUCAUUUUUUUAUUGAGUUUUUUUUUUUUCAAGAAUUAAUAUGAUUAGCAUCAACAGAAUCUACCUUUUUAGGACAAUUAUUGGUGUGUGUGCGUGUAUAGCUGUGAUGCAGUUUUGACAAUAUCAACUUUGUGUCACUUCCAUUUGCCUCAUUGCUUGACUUGGAAUUUACAUACAAACCCAGUUCCAAUGAAAUUGGUAAGUUAUGUUAAGCAUAAAAACAGAAUACAAUGAUUUGCAAAUCAUUUUCAAUGUACAUUUAAUUGAAUACACUACAAAGGCAUAUUUAACGUUCAAACUUGAUAAACGUUGUGUUUUUAGCAAAUGAUAAUUUACUUGGAAUUCUAUGGCUGCACCAUGGUCCAAAAAACAUAUGGGACAGGUAGCACAAAAGACAGAAAGUUGAGGAAUGUUCAUAAAACACCUGUUUGGACCAUGCCACAGGCGAAUUGGAAACAAUUGGGUGCCAUUAUUGAGUAUAAAAGGAGCUUCCCUGGAUUGCUCAGUUAUUCACAAGCAAAGAUUGGACACGGUUCACCUAUUUGUGAACAAGUGCAUGAGAAAAUAGUUGAGCAGUUUAAGGAAAAUAUUCCUCAAUUUCCAAUUGCCAACUUUUUGGGGAAUGGGUUGCAGCCAUUUCAAUUCUCAGUUCAUGAUUAUUUACUAAAAACAAAGUUUGAGUCAUUUGAGCAUUAAAUGUCUUGUCUUUGUAGUGUGUUCAAUUAAAUGUAGAUUGAAAAUGAUUUGCAAAUCAUUCUGUUUUUAUGUUUAACAUGGGGUCCCAACUUCAUUGGAUUGGCUUUGUAAAUUAGUCAACUACAGUAGAUUAAAUAUUCAACAUUGAGCUUUCAUUCACAUUUUCAUCCAGCUCUGUAAAAAUACAACAACACUGAUUAAAUGACAAGCGUUCAUACAACAGCA